AUGUCUGGUACAGGGCCAAGAGAAGCAGUCUUCCCGACACGUAUGAACCUCACCUUGACCAAAGGUCGAUUGAAGGGUGCUCAGACUGGACAUUCCCUGCUAGCUAAGAAGAGAGAUGCUCUCACUACCAGAUUCAGAACUAUCUUGAGAAAGGUCGACGAGGCCAAAAGAUUGAUGGGAAGAGUACUUCAACUUGCAUCUUUCUCACUUGCCGAAGUCACCUACACGGCUGGUGAUAUAGGAUAUCAAGUGCAGGAAUCAGUCAAGAAAGCUAGUUAUACCGUUCAAGCGAGACAGGAGAAUGUUAGUGGGGUUGUGUUACCUGCCUUUGAUGGCGUGAGAAGUAAAGAUGCCAGUGACUUCAAUCUCACCGGUUUGAGUAGAGGUGGUCAACAGAUCCAGAAAUGUAGAGAUACCUAUGUGAAAGCUGUUGGAACUCUGGUCGAGCUGGCUUCUUUGCAAACCGCUUUCACUAUCCUUGAUGAAGUUAUCAGAGCGACCAACCGACGAGUUAACGCCAUCGAGCAUGUCGUCAUUCCUCGUCUGGAUAAUACAAUAAAAUAUAUCAACUCAGAGUUGGAUGAGAUGGAUCGUGAGGAGUUCUUCCGACUCAAGAAAGUCCAAGGUAAGAAGAAACGAGAUGCGGAGAAGGCCAACGAAUCCCGACAAGUCCAAAAUGCCGAGUUCACAGAAGGUGGUGGAGAACUGCACAGAGAUGAAGGGAUCGGUGGUGGUGAGGCUGGCGGGGCUGAUAUGUUGGAUGAAGGUAAAGAUGAUGAUGUUAUUUUCUAA